GUUAGGUUAUAUGUUAUACAAACAAUAACUUGAUUCUAUUUUCAAAUAUCAAACCAACCGUGUGCCCCGACUGCAAUAAUAUCGACGUCUUCCUAAUACAAUUAUCGCACUUCUGUGAAGUGCAUACAAUAGUUUAUUGGCGAUAUAAUAUGUCAGCUCUCAUGAUGGAUUACGAAUUUAAGAUGAAAACGCAAAACGAACGGGUUAAGGUCGAAGAUUUGUUCGACUAUGAAGGUUGUAAAGUAGGUAGGGGUACUUAUGGACAUGUGUACAAAGGUAGAAGAAAAGAUGGUUCAGAUCCUAAGGACUAUGCUCUAAAACAAAUUGAGGGUACGGGACUUUCAAUGUCUGCGUGUCGUGAAAUUGCGUUGGUGAGAGAAUUGAAACAUUCCAAUGUGAUUAGUUUAAUUAGAGUAUUUUUAUCACACAAUGAUAGAAAAGUGUGGUUGUUGUUCGACUUUGCUGAACAUGAUCUUUGGCACAUAAUUAAGUUCCACAGAGCUGCCAAGGCAAACAAGAAGCCAGUUAUGGUGCCAAAAGGAAUGGUUAAAUCAUUGCUUUACCAAAUUUUGGAUGGAAUUCACUAUCUGCAUUCGAACUGGGUGUUGCACAGAGAUUUGAAACCAGCCAAUAUUCUAGUUAUGGGUGAAGGACCUGAAAGGGGCAGAGUGAAAAUAGCUGAUAUGGGUUUUGCCAGAUUGUUUAAUGCUCCAUUAAAACCUCUAGCAGAUCUGGACCCAGUUGUAGUAACUUUUUGGUAUCGAGCUCCUGAAUUAUUGUUAGGUGCACGACAUUACACUAAGGCUAUAGAUAUUUGGGCUAUUGGUUGCAUAUUUGCGGAAUUAUUAACAUCAGAACCCAUUUUCCAUUGCAGACAAGAAGAUAUUAAAACUAGCAAUCCAUAUCAUCAUGAUCAGUUAGAUAGAAUAUUUAAUGUUAUGGGUUUUCCUCAUGAAAAGGAUUGGGAAGAUAUUAAAAAAAUGCCUGAGCAUCCUACUUUAUUAAAAGACUUUAAAAAAUCUACUUAUGUUAAUUGUUCAUUAGUUAAAUACAUGGACAGACAUAAAAUUAAGCCAGACAGUAAAGCAUUCCACUUAUUACAAAAAUUAUUAUUGAUGGAUCCAAAUAAACGUAUUACUUCAGAACAAGCUAUGCAAGAUCCCUACUUUACAGAAGAUCCACUCCCAACUCAGGAUGUAUUUGCAGGUUGUCCAAUACCAUAUCCAAAGAGAGAGUUCUUAACAGAUGAUGAUCAAGAGGAAAAAAGUGAUAAUAAAAGACAAAAUCAACAGCAGCCCCAGCAACCACAACAGCAGCAACAACAACAGCCACCCCAACAACAGCAACAGGGCUCAACAAAUGACAAUCAUGGAAAUCCUGCAAAGAGAGUUAGACUGAAUGGUCCUCCACAUCCUGGACAAGUUAAUCAACCUAAUAUUCCAAUAUCACAACAGCAACAAGAGUUCCACCAGCAACAAAUGAUGUACAACAACAGUACUCAGCAGCAGCAAAAUUUCCAACAAAGAUUUUAAAAUUAUUUAAAAGCUUUGUAAACAAAGAUGUUAUCCAAUUCUAAUUAAUGUGAUAACUGGUACAUCAAAGUUAAAAUCACUGUGAACAAUUUUAUAAACUAUUUUGUAAACUUUUCUAUAUUAAUAAUUUCAUUCAUAGGUUAAAUCAUACUUAAUUUUAAAUUUAUUUACAAUUGUUUUUAUCGAAUUUUCCUGUUAUAAGGAACUUUUAUAACAUCUAUAAUAAGUAAAUAUAGAUUUAAUUUAUUAAAUU